AUGCUUGGGCGGCUGACGACCACCCGCUUGGCCCUGCCUCGACCGGUGGCCUGCCGUGGGUUGGCCGGUGGACAUGGCCAUGGACACGGUCACGACGAUGUGAAGGUUGAGCGACAGUCGGAGGAUUAUCGUCCCGGUUCCGACAGCUAUGCCUACGACAACCCCUGGCCUAAGCUAAACGGCGGACGUCUUGAUUGGUUGUUUGGCGAUGGUUGGCGCCGCCCGCUUGCCAAGGACCAAGGAGCAAAGAUUCGCCGCGAGUGGAUUUGGUUUAACCAGGUGGCCCACGACGAGCACGCCGACUGGAAGCGAUUCCACGGAAUGUUCUUCGUUUCUAUGACGUGUCUGACCGUGUGGAUUACCUGCUGGAUCAUUUGGUUCCGCCCGGAUUGGCCGCAGGGCAAGGAAUGGGCGCUGCGUGAGGCUCAUUUGGAGAUUGAGCGUAGGCGAAAAGCCGGACUGCCCCUCAUCUCUCCCGAUCUCCUUCCUCGCGACCGGGUGAUGGCCAUUCUGCCAGCUGAGGAGGAGCUCCGCGACUUCGACAUCAUCAUC